AUGUCAGACAUGGCUCACAACAAGGAGUAUCAUGUGCGAGACUUGGCCACUCGAUCUGUCACACUAUAUCCCAACAGUGCUCAAGUCGUGAGGGACUUGCGCAACCUACAACUGAAGCCCGGCGCUAACGAAAUCACCAUCUUUGGCCUUACACCCACGAUUGAUGAGUCUACAAUCAAGGUAGAUGGGGCCGGUUCAGCCAUCAUCACCGACAUCGCCAUUGAGCUUGUUCCCAACCGCGAGAGCUUCCAAGAUGUCUACCCUGACUCUGAUGACGAAAUUUCGGAUGCCGAUGUCCCUCACGAAGAAGACGAGGAAGAAGGAGAAGAAUCCGAGGAGAAGGAACCUUCGCCCCUCGACAAAGUGCGAGCCCGGAUCAGGCAACUGAGAGACGAGGAGCGCAGCGCCAAAGAAGUAGUCGAAAGCGCAGCCAAUCGUCUCAAAAUCCUUGAUGCUCACGGAGCUUCACUUGAGAGCAAAGAAGGCAUUAACAUCGCCGACAGCAUCGAAACCUAUCGGACCGAGCGAGAACGGAUUUUCCAAGACCACGUAGCCGGCGUCACCCGCGGACAAGACAACAUGAAGCGCCUCAGCAUCGCUCUCAAGCAAGAGACUCGGCUCGUUAAGAGACAAAAGAGAGAGGCAGCGGACGCGACUCGUGCAAUGAAGAAAGCCCGGAAAGAGCGGGACAGGCAGGCACAAAAGGAUGCCAGGGAGAGAGCGAAGCUGCAGAAGGAGAAAGCUCGGGUUCAGGCAGAGCGGGAGCGGUUCUGGCCCAAGCUGUGUUACUCUGUUCGGGUGUCACUCGAGGCGAUGGCUUUCACCCCGUCAUCCUCACGUCGUACAUCGGUGUCGAGUGACACAGCCCAGGCCUGGCCAUCGGCUCCUGAGAAGACCGACGAGGGAAAAGACAUCAAGUGCGACUUAUCACUGUCAUAUGUGACCUCUUCCGCCUCUUGGGCUCCGACUUAUGAUUUGCAAUUGUUCACCACAAACAACACGGGCAUAUUGUGCUACGAUGCCCGCAUCACCAACAAGACUUCCGAGACGUGGAGCAACUGUAAAGUUGUCCUUUCGACUUCUCAAGCCACAUUUGCCGGACUAGAGAACGCCAUACCCACGCUGAAGCCUUGGAACAUCAAGUUGGCACCAAAAGAAGGCAACACGAACGGGACGGACAUCCUAUCCAGCAGGGAGGAACGCCAGCAACGAAGUGAAUGGUGGCGUGCUCAACAGACCAAAGCACAGCCCCAAAAACCUCGCAACGAUUUGUUCGGCGUGGACCACAAUAAUGCCGGCAACAGCAACGCGAAUCUGGCGGACUACCAGAAGGGCCUGAUGGUACUUAACCAAGAUUCAAAGCAACGACGAAUGAUGUACCCAGCACAUGGGCAAGGACAGGCACAGCACCAGGAUCAGAUACAAGCGCAAUUGCAGGCUCAAAUGCAGGCACAACAGAUGCAUGUGAUGCAGGUGCAACAACAGCAGGUGCAACAGAUGCAGCAGAUGCAGCAAAUGCCACAAAUGCAGCAACAGGCCCAGAUGCAGCGAAUACAACUUGGUGGGUCAGCUCAUGUAUCGAGACCCCAGGAGUCAAUUCAAGAGCCCAUGGGAUCCGAAGCGUCCGAGGAAGACGAGAACCUCGAUUUUCAAGAGUCUACUAUCGAAGAGACGGGAUUCACUACGACCUACGACCUUCCAGGCACCAAAACCCUGCCGCCUUGCCCUACGGCAUCCAAGCAGCGUGUCGCUCGCCUCAACUUCUCCAAUAUUGCCUUCAGUCAUACCAUCAUUGCAAAGUACAAACCCGUUGCGUACCUAAAAGCACGAAUCCGCAAUAGCAGCCGCCUCACUUUGCUCCGGGCCGAAGCAGGUCUCACUCUCGACGGUACCUUCAUGGGCCGCACCCACUUGCCGCGCUGUAGCGCCGGCGACGUCUUUUCCCUGGGUCUCGGCAUCGACCCGGCGAUUAAGGUCAACUACCCCAAGGUUGAUGUCCGACGAACGACGACAGGGCUCUUCUCCAAGGAGAACAGCUCUGUGUACAGCCGCAGCAUCACCGUUUCCAACUCCCGUGCUUCGGCGGGAAAACCCGUCUCGCUUCUUGUGCUUGACCAGGUUCCCGUGUCGGAAGACGACCGUCUCAAAGUCGAUAUCUUGGCACCCAAGGGGCUUAUUGUUGACGGUUCAGGGGUCUCAACCGGGCAGCCCGCUCGCGAAAGUAAGCAGGAUGUCGACUGGGGCCAGUCGACGGCGACGUUAAAGGGACGUCAAGGCCAAGUGGAGUGGCAAGUGAAGCUCAAUGCUGGCAAGGCUGUGAAGCUUGGCUUGGAGUAUGUCGUUGCUCUCCCUUCAGGAGACUCGGCAAUGGAAUGUUCAUAG